AUGCUCCACUCGUUGGCGUUUCACCACCUCUGUUCAGUUUCACCAGAAGAUGCGAAAAUGUCGGCAUGGCUCGCUUUGCAUUCGCUUGAAGCAUCAGCUGCCAUUACGCACAGUGAAGUAUCAGAACGAGAAAUUACCGCUUUACAGAAGCGAGAUGAUCUAGCUGAAUAUUGCGUGGACAGUCUAAUACCCGCAGAAGGAGGUAUUCAAAGACUUCAUGCUGAAGUGUAUCGAGAAGGAAUAGGAAAUUGCUCUGUCAUCUGGCCAAUUAUCACUUUGAAACACAUGGAGCAUUUGUUUAAUCGGCUUGUACCUUUUCUUCACCGUUCCGAAGUACUGCGCACGCUAGUGUGGAUGAUUGGGCACGAUAGCACAUUUGAAGCAAUGACUUUGAUCGAUGAUGUUAUUUCCAAAUCACCCAUCGGCAAAAAUAAGAAUUUUGAGCACUGCUCCCUGACCAGCAUUGACGUCAAGGUUUUCCGUUGGUUGGAAGUGAGUGGUGAAAAUGAUUGUGAGAAAAUGAUGAUGCUUUACGCUACAACGAUAAGUGAUACCAUAACAGGAGCGCAUCCCUUCCGGAAAAGAUGUGAUGAACUUUUUCCUGAUGGUAUUCAUGACGAGGAGGAGAUGACAGUUGAUGAAGUGGAUGAUAUAGAAGAACACGUCUCAAGGUACCUCGCCAAGGAUUUCCUCAUGAAAGGGCAGUUUGGAGAAGCUGAACGUAGGCUUGUUUAUGCAAAAUCUUUGGCCAGCAAACAACUUCUGAUCAAGGUAUAUCAAAGCUGGAUAAAGCAUGGACACCUUGACGAACAAGAACAUGACGAGCUAUCGAGGAGAUUGCGAGAAUUAGAGUGUGAGUGUCGUAAGAUGGACCUGCAUGAAAAUACUCCUACAACAUCGUCUCCAGUUUCAUCCGAUUCAGGUAGUGAAGAAGGCGAUCAAUGCAUAAUACCAGUGUUGCCAGUCAAUCGCAAACUACAAGUUGAUUCAUCAACGAACACCCCGAGUCGUGGUUAUACGUCAUCACCGCCGUGCGAUCCUGAUGAGUCUUUCUUUUCUGUGAAAAGCGAUCAUACGAAUGUUGCAACAUCGGAUCGCUCCUUCGCCAGUGCAAUAGCGAGCCCGUCUGAACAAAAAAAUACUCCUAAAGCUGGCGAAGAGACCAAAAGCAUCGCUUCUGAUGGGAAGAAAGUCCAAGAAUCAAAGAGCACGGGAAGUUUAACCUCAGGCACACCUAGAGGAGAGACGCAUGCUGUUCUUUCGAUGACAGAUAGUCAUUCGAUAAGCGUCAUCAUACCAGAUGAUCACCGAGGAGAAAAAUCCGAGGAGGUAACAGUGCCUGGUCGCUCGAUAUCAGGAUCACCAAAACCUCCUGGUCAAGGAAUGUCGCCUAGUGUGAUCACCUCUACCCCUGUUACGUCGGCUAGGGCAACUGUUUCACCGGCGAUCACUACUAGUACUUCCAGCCUACCACCUAUUGUGACAAACUCACCUUUUGGAAAGUUCAUUGCAAGCAAAGAGGCUGCCACAUCGUUCUGGAAGUCUGGAAAACCAGUUGCACCCGUGUUCGGGGCAGUUCCACCUUGUAUCAGCGCACAAAAGUCUGAUCAGAAAAGUCCAGCAAGUGGUGCGACUAUACCGGCGGGUUUGAGUCCCCGUUCCGUGCCGAAGACGACCAUACAACCGCCAUCGAUUCCGGUUCCCUUCGGAACUCCAGGAACUGUACAAGCUCCUUUCUCAUCGACUGGACCACCGAAAAAUGUCGGUUGGACUUCUGGCUUCGUUCCGCCAUCCGUGACUCCGAUUCCCUCAAUAAGACCUCCGCACAGCAGCCAUGUGUCGCCUCAUCACGACAUCAGUGCUAUGGAAGAGUUCCCUCAUGAUGACGAGAAUUUUUAUGAUAAUUUCCUCAUUGAAUUAUGCAACAAGAAACUGGAGAGAGCGAAACAUUCAUCGAUCAAUACUGACGAUAUUGGAGCGCUACAGGAGAAAAUGGCCCAGAUCCAGUGUUCAGCUGAGGAACGUGAAUAUAUGGAACUGCAUUUCAAUUCGCUACAUCGUAAUGGGCGUCAAUCAGAUGCCUUGGCUGAGUUAGAACAAAGAGUCGCACAAAUUCUGUUCCCACCAGCUCAGCCAGCGAAAACUGGAUCAUUCCCCACGACAAGCCACGCACCACUCACAGCCACUGAAGGAAUCGCUAUAGGAGGAUCAUUUGUAGCUCGUCAUCCCGGCAGUAGUGGCGUUUGCUUUGGAUGCCUGGACGAUGAAACUCAGGACCGCGCUCUCAAAACUCUUGAUCGGCUGGCGCAUGAGUGGAAUACUGCAGCUGAUUCCGAUAGUGACUAA